AUGAAGAAUACCACAAAAAUUACUGUCUUUGUGCUGAAGGGCUUCACUGAGGAUCCUGAACUGAAGAUCAUUCUCUUCUUCCUAUUUCUAGCAAUCUAUCUCUUUACCCUCAUGGGGAACUUAGGACUGAUUGUGUUGGUCAUGGGAAACUCUAGGCUUCACAACCCCAUGUAUUAUUUCUUAUGUGUAUUGUCCUCCGUUGAUGCCUGUUAUUCUUCAGUUAUAACUCCAAAUAUGUUAGUAAAUUUUAUGUCAAUAAAUAGAUCCAUCUCAUUUCUUGGAUGUGCAACACAAUUAUUUCUUGCUGUUACUUUUGGAACCACGGAAUGCUUUAUCUUAGCUGCCAUGGCCUAUGAUCGCUAUGCAGCCAUCUACAACCCACUUCUGUAUUCAGUGAGCAUGUCACCCAAGGUCUAUGUGCCUCUCAUCAUUGCCUCCUAUCUUGGGGGAAUUUUGCAUGCCAUUGUGCACACAGUGCCCACAUUCAGCCUUUCCUUCUGUGCAUCCAAUGAAAUUAGGCAUAUUUUUUGUGAUAUUCCUCCUCUCCUUGCUAUUUCCUGUUCUGACACCCACUUAAACCAGCUUCUCCUCUUCUUCUUUGUAAGCUCCAUUGAGGUUGUCACCAUCCUGAUUGUCUUGGUCUCUUAUGGUUUCAUUCUUCUGGCCAUUCUGAGGAUGGAUUCUGCUGAAGGGAGGCGAAAAGUUUUCUCUACAUGUGGCUCUCACCUCACUGGAGUGUCUAUUUAUUAUGGAACCAUCCUCUUCAUGUAUGUGCGACCAAGCUCCAGCUAUGCUCUGGAGUAUGACAUGAUAGCAUCAGUGUUUUACACCAUCGUGAUUCCCAUGCUGAAUCCCAUCAUCUACAGUUUGAGGAACAAAGAUGUGAAAGAGGCCAUGAAAAGAGUAUUUCGGAAAAAUUUGAUCAUGUCAAUAGGAUUA